GGCACGCGUGCGCGGUUUUGCUUGAAAAGGAAAUGGCUGCUGCGAAGCUCUCCAUAUCUCUUAAACCUUCUUCAUGAGAUAAAAAGGAACAUAGUUGGGUUCUUGAAGAGUAUACGAGUAUUAACCUCUGGACAGAUAGUUGGUGCAUGGAUAGAUCAAUAA